AAUAACGCUUUAAUUACUUUGGCAAUUGAAACUCAGAAAACUGAUGUUCAAGUCUCUCAUGAGGCUACUACUCUAGCUGAUCAGUUAAAAGAUUUCAGUUUCAUAGUUUCAUUGGUUGUUUGGUAUGACAUACUUUUUCAAAUUAACGUCGUUAGUAAAUCUCUACAAUCACCAGAUAUAGAUCUCAGUAAAUGCACAGAAAUGUUGAAAAAAUGCUGCACUUUCUUGGAAGAAUAUAGAAAUACAGGCUUUAAAAGCGCCAUUUCAACUGCAAAAGAAUUGGCUGAAGAACUGGAAGUUGAACCUGUGUUUAAGGCCACAAAAAGAAUUCGAUUUGUUAAGCGUCAAGCUGAUGAAACUGCCCGCGACGAGCCUAUUGUUUCUCCUGAAAAGAAAUUUGAGGUAGAAUUUUUCAACUCUCUCUUGGACGCUACAUUAAUUUCAGUUAAUGAAAGAUUUGAACAGUUCAAUGAGUACUCGGAUUGCUGGUCUUUUUUGUACAAUAUAAAACAGAUUCCUGAAAAACCCGACCUUGUCAAACUCUGUAGUGAUCUCCAAUUGAAAUUAACUGUGAAUUCUAAAUCAGAUAUAGAUGGUUGUAUGUUGUGUGAUGAACUCAUAAGCCUGAAAUCUUUUUUGCCUGAUCAGAAUGUGGCUACCCCUGCUUAUGUUUUAAAUUUUAUUAAAGAUCGCAACUUACAGGAACUGUAUCCAAAUGUAUGGAUAGCAUUUCGAAUAUUACUGACUAUACCUGUAACGGUUGUUAGUGGAGAAAGAAGUUUUUCCAAGCUAAAGCUGAUUAAAACAUAUCUACGAUCGACAAUCUCUCAAUCUAGAUUAACAAACUUAGCAACUUUAUCAAUCGAAAACGAAAUUGCAGAAAACAUGGACUUUGAAUGUCUAAUAAAAGAGUUCGCCGAUGUAAAGGCUAGAAAAGUGAAAUUUUAUUAGUUUUUUAAAUAAAUGUUUUUUUUAAAUAGAUAGUUAUUUCAUUGUACACAUUGCCUUUUUUCGUAUGUAAUUGAAUUGCAGUUAGG